GCAGGGGAGGAUAGCUCCCAUCUGUUGAGUGUUUUGAGUGGACGGACGGGCGGUGUGAAGUGUGAUGAUGUCGGGACUGAUAUCUUGGGAUUGAAGAUGAAAACACAUGCGUGCGUUCGGCCAAAAGGAAUGAAGACAUGCUGAGAUGAAGAGUCAGUCUGGUUUCCUAAAGAAAAUAUCAUGGAUUAUUUAUGCCAUUUUGCACAGAUGACACUUAACACAAUGGGAUUCCUCGGAAAAAAAGAAUGACAAACAGAUAGGGAACACUUUUCAAAUCGGAAUUAAGUUAUUUUCUUCUUAACUUGAAAACACCUUAGUUGUGAGCAUCUAUUUAAGCAGGAGUAUGGAUUUGUGUAAGGCGCUCCUGUUGUUCCUGAUCUCAAACUGCGUUACAAUGACUCUGUCGCUGUCCACCUGCACCACGGUGGACAUCGACCACAUCAAGAAGAAGCGAGUGGAGGCGAUCCGGGGUCAGAUCCUCAGUAAGCUCCGUCUCACCAGCCCCCCUCAGACCAUUGGAACCAACCAGGUGCCUCUCCAGGUGCUGGCGCUGUACAACAGCACCAAGGAACUGAUCGAGGAGCUGGGCAGGGACCGCCAGCAGAGCUGCGGUCAGGAUAACACGGAGACCGAGUACUAUGCCAAAGAGAUUUACAAAUUCAACAUGAUCAACGGCCCGCCGGAAAACAACGACCUGUGCCCCAAGAGCAUCACCUCCAAGCUGUUCCGCUUCAACGUGUCCGAAAUGGAGAAGAACUCCACCAACCUGUUCCGGGCCGAGUUCCGCGCCCUGAGGAUCCCCAACUCCAGCUCCAGGAGGAACGAGCAGAGGAUCGAGCUCUACCAGAUCCUGCAGAAGGACGACCACAUCGCCAAGCAGCGCUACAUCGGGGGCAAGAACGUGCUGACCAAGGGCACCCCCGAGUGGAUCUCCUUCGACGUCACCGAAACGGUCCGGGAGUGGCUGAUGUACCGCCAGACCAAUCUGGGCCUGGAGAUCAGCGUGCACUGCCCCUGCCACACCUUCAGCCCCAACGGGGACAUAGACGAGAAAGUCCAUGAGCUGCUGGAGGUCAAGUUCAAAGCUAUGGAGCCGGAGUACGAGGAGCAGGUCCGCCUGGACAUGAGCCGUCUGAAGAAGCAGCAGAAGGAGGUGUACCCCCACCUGAUCCUCAUGAUGCUGCCCCCUCACCGGCUGGACGCCCAGUCCUCUUCCCGCCGGCGCAAGCGGGCACUCGACACCAAUUACUGCUUCUCCAACUACGAGGAGAACUGCUGCGUGAGACCGCUCUACAUCGACUUCCGCCAGCACCUGGGCUGGAAGUGGAUCCACGAGCCCAAAGGCUACUACGCCAACUUCUGCUCCGGCCCCUGCCCUUACCUCCGCAGCGCAGACACCACCCAUAGCUCGCUCCUCAGCCUCUACAACACCCUGAACCCCGAGGCGUCCGCCUCGCCCUGCUGCGUGCCCCAGGACCUGGAGCCCCUCACCAUCCUGUACUACGUGGGCCGCACGCCCAAGGUGGAGCAGCUCUCCAACAUGAUCGUCAAGUCCUGCAAGUGCAGUUAGACGGGAGGACCCCGGACCGCCGACCGACCCUGACCAAGAGAGACCCCCCCCCCGACCCCCCAGCCCCACCCAAGUGCAGUUAGACGGGAGGACCCCGGACCGCCGACCGACCCUGACCAAGAGAGACCCCCCCCCCCCCCCCCGACCCCCCAGCCCCACCCAAGUGCAGUUAGACGGGAGGACCCUGGACCUCUGACCGACCUCGACCAAGAGAGACCCCCCCCACCCAAGUGCAGUUAGACAGGAGGAAUCCAGAACCUCAGACCGACCCCACCCUUCUCCUCCCCCAAUCAAGAGUGACCCCCCCCCCCCAGCUGAUCUCCCGGGUGGGGGGUGGGGGGAAGCACCACUCAGGAGGGAUGGCAGGAGGGGGACGGGAUGGGGUGAGGGGGGUAUGCUGCCCCCUUCACGAGUACCUCUGUCCACCUCCACCCAGCCGAUCGCCCCACCGUCACCUCAUGUUGCCUCUCCCUCUCUCCCUCCACCCCUCUCCCUGACAUGGAAACCCGUUAGAUAAUGAGAAGAGGCCUGCAGCUCGACUGAGGUCUGAUGGCAUGAGCAUGAACGCUAUCACCUCCCAAUGACGCUCUCGGAAAUCCGAGAGGACGUCCGGUCAAGUUUGUCUUCCCUGCUCGUCUCGCAUCUCCAAACCGCUUGUACCUUUGUGUCGUCGCAACAGAAACGGGCAUUCCACGCCACAGACGUAAUGACAAGAGGACCUGAACAUUGUCCUCUUCCAUGACCACUGCAAACUCAAGGACUGAGGCAGUUGCAGUUGUAAACGCCAAACUGACACUCCAUGUGGACAGCAAACUCUGUAUGGUGUAUUCAAUAUUUACAAGAAAAAAGAAGCAAAAAGGGGUAAAUCAAACACUAAUGUGUGCUCAGAGUGAAACACAUCCCUCAAUCUACGAUGCAUGACCCGGACACGGAGGACAUACACCCUGUACACGUUACCGUGGCAUCGUUACCAUGGCGUCGUUACCAUGGCGUUGAGUGCGCUACAUCAUCCCUACACUGUUAACAUAGGAUUCAUUGCUGUUGAAAAAAUAAAUCGUUAACUAAUUAUCUUAGGGAAAAAAGACAAGAUGCUGGAAAAUGUGUUUGGUUCAAAAUAGUGUUGUCGUGAUUUUGUUUACGUCCGUCAUGCAAAGUGUUGGCGUUUCCGAUGACAAUGACAUCAUGUAGUUGGGAUCUUCAUGAGGUCACUAAAUGUUUUUCUUGUUACUCUUGGAAAUACUUUUUUUUUAUUAAAAUAUGGACAGUGUUAAGAA